CGUGGAUUUGUGCAAAGCGUUGGCAUCCCUGCAAAGAUAUUGGGAAGCUUUGGAGAUAGUUAAUCUUGCUCGGAGAUUGGAUGCUAAAAUGCUGCCUGUUGAGAUAAAAAAGGAACUUCAGUCACUUGGAGCUAAAAUAUCAUGUGAUACAAUGGAUCCAAAGCAGUGGUUUGACUGUGUAAGAUAUGUCAUCCAACAACAUCCGUAUCGUUUGAAUGCCUGGAACUGCUAUUACAGAGUCAUUUCAAGAUUAGGGAAAAGAGCAUCAACUGAAGCUAAGUUCAUGCAUCAUCUAAGGAGUAAGUAUAGAGAUUGCGUACCGCCCAUUCUAAUUGCUGGUCAUCACUUCACCGUGACAAGCCGACAUCAAGAUGCUGCAAGAGAAUACCUUGAAGCAUAUAAACUAAUGCCUGAUAGUCCUUUAAUUAACCUCUGUGUGGGUACGUAUGUAUUCAUAUUGUUCUCUUUCACUUUCCCAAAUUUCUGA